AUGCUUGAGCUCAGUGACCCAAUUUUUCACGAAGUCACUCGAGAUCUGCUUCUCUUCCGCAUCGUCGAGUACGGCGUAGAGGACCUUCAGCAUCCUCUCCCAUUUCUUAAGUUUUUCAACGACUUGAGCUUCUCUGAUGAAACUCGGGAUAGCUCGAGAGUUCAGCUUCUUGAUCAGCUGAUCGAAUAUGGCAGAGAGGAAAGCAGUUCCGAUCGCUUCCAUGGCGUUGAAGAAAGGGAGGGAAAUGUUCUGCAACCGGCGAAAAUGCCAAUCUGCAUUUCAAUAGUCCCAAGUCCCAACUUUAUCCUGGUCAAUGGUCGUUGGUGUUAUGGGCCAGUGAAAUAUUGGGCUGAAUAA